AGGUCGGUCGAACACGGUAGUCGUCGGUCGUCGCUGACGCAAAGAGAGAACAGCUGAGGCAAAAUAAAUAAAUAACGCAAUCAAGUUGGCCGUCUGAUGGGGGAUUACAGUUUUAGUGUAAACUCGAGCGUUGCAGCUUUAUCCCCAGUUGAUUUUCAAACUAAUUCCGGCAGCACAUCUCUAUUUUUCCCGAGCGAGCCGGUCGCGCAUACGAUGCAAGAUGAUUUGCUGCUCGAUAAAUCUACCGGCAACAAACUUCAGCAGCUGUCUCCUUCAAAUGAUGCAAAUACAAAUGGUGAACAAAAUUUGGAUGACUAUUCCUUGCGAAAUAAAAAAAAUGAAGAAUCAGACUCUGAUGAUGUACAGAAUGAGAAAAAAAACUUGGACUCCUGCUCCCCAGGGACUACAAGCUCUCCUUUACAGCUAGGAUUUUCGGAAUCAUCGAACACAAUAAACAUCACAUCUACUGCACCCAGUUUUUGGUCAACUGUAGGAACUGAUGAUACCUUUGUUCAAGGGAUACCCGCCAUGAAUGGCUCAUUACCGUUCCAAAACUUUCCAUCAUCUACAAAUCCCAUUAUAAGUACCAAUAUGGGACCUCAGUUAAAUCUCUCUCAACAACACACUCCACAGAGACGUGCAAUCACAGGUGCUCACAAUUUUCCUCAGAAUAGGCAUCAGCCUCAACCUAACUUAUUUAAAGCUUACACAAAUUGGAGUAGCCCCCAUCAAACUGCAUGGUCUACUCCUCAGACCCCUAAUGCCCUUUCUGCAUGGAAUGCUGUCAACAUCACAAACCACAAAAGGUCCGUGCCAAAUAUGAGUCCCAUCUCACCCAUGAAGAAAACACAAACAAACGUUGGGCAACCUUCUAUGGUUAUAUCACCGUCCAAAUUUCGUCGGAGUACUUCCAUGCCUGUUGGGAAACCCUUUCCUCAUGGACUUGGAGCAAACACCAACUAUGAUAUGACUGGUGAAGAAAAUAGAGACGGAAAUGUUAUUAUGCCUUUCCAGGACCGACAGAUCACCAGUAAUAUGAGCAGCCCGCUUGACAACCUAAGGCAUCCACUGGAACAACAACUAAUGGACAUCAUGAGGACGACAAUGGACGGUCAAGAUCAUUAUAAAGGCUUCAUUAACUACAAUUCUAACAACAUCCAAUCUUUAUCUCAUGUACCUGGGAAAUCUCCAUUUUUCACUGGCUUAGAAGAAAACCAUUUAUUAGAAGAUGGUCAUUUGGAACAAAUCGUUCCAUCAUUAAAUUCAUCCCUACUUUGUGCUCCUAAAUCUCCGGGAAAUGAUUCUGGGGAACGAUUCUCAAGAAAAGUAUUUGUAGGAGGUUUACCACCGGACAUCGACGAAGAUGAAAUCAAUGCCAGUUUCAGAAGGUUUGGACCUCUUGUGGUUGAUUGGCCUCACAAAGCAGAAAGCAAAUCAUAUUUUCCCCCAAAAGGUUAUGCAUUUUUACUAUUUCAAGAUGAAGCAUCUGUUCAAGCUUUAAUAGAUGCCUGCAUACAAGAAGAUGACAAGCUAUACUUAUGCGUAUCUAGUCCUACAAUCAAGGAUAAACCGGUUCAAAUACGACCUUGGCGUUUAAGUGAUGCUGAUUUUGUCUUGGAUGCUUCAAUGCCUUUAGAUCCACGUAAAACAGUAUUUGUUGGUGGUGUGCCUCGUCCCUUAAAAGCAGUUGAACUUGCAAUGAUUAUGGAUCGGUUGUAUGGAGGUGUGUGUUAUGCAGGGAUAGACACAGAUCCUGAACUCAAAUAUCCUAAGGGCGCUGGUAGAGUUGCAUUCUCUAACCAACAAAGCUACAUUGCUGCAAUCAGUGCAAGGUUUGUCCAGUUGCAGCAUGGAGACAUUGAAAAAAGGGUGGAAGUAAAGCCUUAUGUUCUUGAUGACCAGAUGUGUGACGAGUGUCAGGGUUCCCGGUGUGGGGGCAAAUUCGCUCCCUUCUUCUGCGCCAAUGUCACGUGUCUGCAAUACUACUGCGAACACUGUUGGGCUGCCAUACACUCUCGUCCUGGGCGCGAAUUUCACAAGCCCUUGGUUAAAGAAGGUGCAGAUCGGCCCAGAGCAGUCCCUUUCCGGUGGUGUUAAUUUAAUUUGUCUUUGUCACUUCUUUAACUGCUAAAAUAAUUUUUUGUAAUUAUAUUUUUAGCUAGUGUAAAUUUAAGGAGUAUUGAUUGACAGCUUGAUAUUUAAACUGUUUUUCUGAUGAAGUUUUUUUUCUAUGUGUUUCCAUCAUUGAAAAUAUUUAUUUUGAAGCUGCAGCCAUGCUAUAUGUUAUCAAACAUGUUUGGCCAGUGUAUAAUUUAGGAGUAUAAUUCACAUACUAAGAUAGCUCUAUUUAAAUACUUUUCCCUUAUCCAAAUAGCUGCCUUAGAAAUUUGGAUCUGAUUACCAUUUAGCUAGUCCCAUUAUAUAGCACUAGUUUCUAAAAUCCAGAUUUCUCAUCCUAUCUGAGCAAUAAUUAAAGCCUUACCUUUUAGAUACGUUUUUUAAAAUGUAUGUUUAAUAGCGAUUGAGACAUCAUUUUAAAAACUCUGACUUGUUUUUAAAAGCUUUCUUUGGUGUUUAUUAUCAACUAAAAUUCAAACCUUGUCAUUUUCCAACACACUGAAUUUGCUAAAUGUGUUAUUAUUGGGAUACGGGUGUUGGCAGCAAAACUAGUAGUCUUUCAUGUUUUUAUAAAGAAAAUAUAGCUAUUAUUUAGAAAUAUAUUUAUUUUCUCGUAAAACAUAUGUAUGUAGAAUGUAGCAAAAUUGAUUUUUUGCUCCACCAAAGAGAAUCGAAAAUUUUUCUAUUUGAUAUGUACAGCUGUGUUAAAAUAUUCGAAUGUGCUUUCCAUUGUAUACUGAAAUAUUUUUUAGAUGUGCAUCUUGAUAAAUGUGUACAUAACUUAAAAAAAAAAGCAUAAGCAUCUCUGUGGUGUAGUGUCUGAUAGUGAAUCAAUGUGAAGGUGUUAUACUGAAUGAAAGAUGUUUGAGCUGAAAAUUCAGUGCUGUAUUUAAUGUGUGAAUUUUUGUAAUUUAUGGUUGUUGUUAAUAUCGAGUCCUAAAACUGUAUAUUAAUAUGCAGUGUUGUAAUUACUUGUAAAACAUUUUUAUAGUAUUUUUGAUUUUGUUAUAUUUGUAGAAAGCUUUCACUUUUUAUAUGUGUGUUGUAUUUAUGGAAAUUUUCUAGUCUUAAGUAUACAAUGGAAGGCACUAUAAUAAAUUAUUAACAAAAUUGAAAUUUUCAUUUUAAGAACAAUUGGUGUGAUACUUUAAACUAUGUUAUUCAUUUUUAUAGGGAAAAUAUAAAACAUUCAAUGUUACAUAAUUUAAAUAAGUGCAUAUUACUGUACAAAAUAUGAGUUUUAUGAUUUCUUAACUCAUAUUUUUUUCCUAUAUUGAGCCAUUGUUUGUGUUGCCAUUAGCUGUUUUACAUUACUAAGUGGUGUAAAAUGUUGUGCAAUUCAGUGUUCAGCUGUGAUUUGUGACUUGUAGCUUUAUAGUUCACGAUAUUGGAUAUGUCAUGAUAAAUUUGAAAAAAGAAAAAAAAAUUUGCUUAUUUAAAUAUAGAUAUAUGAUAGAAAUAAUUUAUUUUUUCUUGCGAAAUCUUUGUUCAACCUGGGGAAAAAAAGAAUUUUUCUUUUUUAUAGCACAGGUAUGAAAGUCAUAGUGUAUUUUUAAUAUAAUCCUUGAUGUAAAUACAAACCAAAGCAAAUUUUUGUGUCAGUGUUAUCCCUCAUCGGUUUUGUAUGGGUUAGGGACAAUCAGAUUCAAAAUGUUGCUUGAGUGAUUAUCUAGUCAAAAACACUUGGCAAAUAAUAUUUUUCAAUUAUAUUGAUGUUAAAGUAUUUAAAUCUCUGAAGUAUAAAAGAAAAAGCUUAGUCAAAAUUUUUAAAGUUUGUGUGAAUUCGUCUAGUAUUCUCUGAGAAUACUAGUACUUAUUAUUUUUAAAAAGACCUUGUAAAUAAUUAAUUAUAUAUAUAUACAUACAUAUAUAUAUAUAUAUAUAUUUAUCUUCUUCUACCAAAGAAAAUUUCAAAUUAUUAUUAAUGUAAGAAAUUUGGAAUAUGCAAUUUAGGCAAUCUAGUCUGAGUAAAUAAUAUUUUAUGAAAAAAUUCGACAUUUUUCAAUGACUAAACUUUGCAAUAUAUUUAUUACCUUUAAUAUUUUUUCUUUGUAAUACCUUUUUAAAGAGAAGUAGCUUAGAAUUUAACAUCUGUUGACGAUUUCAAAAAUUAGAGAAGUAAGUACAGUUUUGCUCAACGAUUAUUUAUUUUACGUACCUGCAUGUAACAUGAAUAGUUAUCUAAUUGUAUUUUGUUACAAACUUCAACAUUUUCAUUCAGUCUUAGCACCUGAUUGUAAAAUUAUUAGGAUAAUAUUUUAUAGCUAGAUCUACUCUUAAUGAAAGCUUGCGAACAUGCUUGCUUUCUAUCCCAUGAAUGUACUUUUUCAUAGAAUACAUUUCAGGAUUUUAGUAUGGAAUUUGAAUUUAAUAAUAGGUAGGUAGUUGAAUAGUUUGAAUUAGAUGUGCUUUUACUUCCAAAGUACCAUUGUAAGAUAUUUGAGCUUUGAGUACAUAUUUUAACUAUUCAUAACUAAUGCAGAUUUGCUCAGAAAACGUUUUUCCAUAGUGAAAAUUCCAGUUUUUUAGAUGUUGCAUAGAAAUUUAUUCUUCUAAAUUUUAUUGCUAAUAAAAAAAAAUAAGAAAGUCUUAAACCCAUUUACUGGGUUUCAUAUAUUUCUCUUAUAUAGCAUUGAACAUAUUCUGAAGUAUCUUUCAAACGCGCAUUACUACAGUGGUGAGCUAUGAUGAGAAAAGGCUAUGUAUUAAAAAAUUAGUCAUAUCAUCUGGCUGGAUUUCAAAUGCCAUGAGCAUUCAAGUAUUUAUUACAGACUUUUCUCGAAUCUUUAAUGGAAGUAAAGUACUCCUGAGGAAGUGAGUUAAACACUCAAUUUUCAUUCUUUAAAGGGUCAUCUGUGAAUUGCAUUUGUUGACAUAGUGCUGUUUUUGAGGGAAAAUGAACGUACAGACAUGUAUAUUUUCUGAUGUGGUAUACAUAUGUGUUUAUUUAUUGUAAGAUUACAUAGGGUUAUAUCUAUACUUAUGUGUUGUUGAAAUUAUUUUUUGAUGUGUAUCUAAGAUGAAAUCUAUUUAUUAUGACUUAUUAAGAUGUAUAUUAACAUAUUUACACAGUUGAUAUAUGUAGAUGUUUUUCUUGAUGCCACAGAGUUGUUAUUUUUUAUUCUAUUUUUGUCUGUAAAAUGUACAAAGUAUAUUUAUAUGCUGGGAAAGCGUCUAUGUGCAAUAAAAUUAUUAACUGGAAUAUUAAGACCUUAGUUUUUUUGUCUGAAGGUCUUUAUUUUAGAUUUUCUAUAGUAUCUUUUUUGUAACAAAAAGUAACUAAUUUAUUGCUUUUUUGUAACACAUGUCAUUGACAGAUGGCCCUCUUGAUCAUGAGUUCAAAUUUUUCACGACGUGACAAGCGUAUAAUAAAUGGUUUUCAUUCUUACUGGAAUUUAAGAGACUAUUGCAAUAUUUUUGCAUAACAUGUCUUAAGCAUUCAGCAAAGCGUUCUUGUUGAUAUGCUCCGAGACUUCUUCAGUGCUAGUAUGUUUAUAUGAUUUUUAUGAAUGUUUUGAUGUGUGUGCAUUUUCUUGUUUUUUUAGCCAUGACUACUCAAUAUACAAAAGAUCCCUUUUUAUUCUUCUUAUGUUUUUAAUCCAGUGAAAAAGAAAAAAAGUGAGAGCUUUUUAAAAUGUUUUAUUGUAUUAGAGUGUAAUACACCAGAAUAAUUAAUAUAUCUUUUAAUAAGAUUUUGUAAAUUAAUGUUACAUUUUCUCAAGAUUUAUAAUGUUUCACAUUUUGUAUUUUUCUGACCGUGUAGUGUUUUUCUCUAAAUGCGUAUGUAUGUGAGCAUAGUAUGAAAACAAAAUGAUCCAGCUAGAGCACCUGUCUAUAUUGAAUGGGAUAAUCCUUAUUUUUGUGAACGGUGCUAAGUGUGCUUAUUUAUGCAUCCUAUAGCUUCCCUUUUUCGCCGAAGCACUCCUUGUUCACAGUCGAUAUUUUCGUAGGUUUUCUGAACUCGCUUUCAGAGCUAUGGACUCGCAGAAUGGGAUGAGACGUGCAUUCGGCAAAAAGACUAAAUGCAUGAAAGGGACAGCCACACCCACUGGAGGCUGCACCAGCCUCUGUCCUCCUAUGAGGCUGUUGAAGGUUUAACUAAGGCUCCAAGUAAAAUUCCUUCUUUUUUUUUGCUAAGCCUGAAUUGUAGGAGUAAAAUUUGAGGUGGGAAAGGACAUGCAAUGUCCUCACUUCUCACAGUGUGUUCCUUAGUAAUUUUUGUAUUCAUAUUCAUUUUGAAAGAUUUUACAAGAGGAAUUUGUGGGAAAAUGUAUGUGAUUAGCUUUUCCUCUUGAUGUUUUCUUUUUCUUUUUUGAUGUUUGUAAAAAGUUGAAGUUAGGUUUUAAUUUUAAUAACUUAUUUAUAACUGCCAUAUCUAUAGUUUUUUAAUAUGAAAAGAAUUUUUACCAGUAUUAUUUUUUGUAGGAAAAAAAAGGAAGUCCAAACAUUUCCAAAAUGCUGGAUCUUCAUAAAAAAAAUAUGCUGUUUUUAAGUGUAAAAUUAUUUAACUGCAUCCCUUUGAUGCCACUUUUUUUUGAAAUAUUUUUUUAUUUUGCUAUGGGAAAACCAUAGUGAAUAUAGUGAAGUGAUAUGGUUGGUCCUCAAUUUCUAGCAGUCGUAACUAAGGCAAUUGGAAGUUAAUUUUAAUUUUAAGCAUUCAGACCCACCGACACUGUACUAUUUUGACAUUAGCCUGUGAUAAUUUUGUAACCUUUUGUGAUGUUCAUGGUUAACUCUGUAGCUCUACCUCGUACCUAGUAUAUCAUAAGUCACCACCUUAACUAGUCGUAUAUUCCAGAAAUAUUUUAUAUAUAUUUAUGUAUAAUUUCAUUGCUAUAUUUAUCAGAUUACUAAUUUUAAAAUGUUAUUUUUUGUAUAGUAAUUAUUUUUGUUUUCUUUGAAGAUUUUAUAUUUAUUAACUUUUAUAGCAAAAAUCGUACUAAGAUGGUGCCAAAAUUUUGAUGAACAAAAGCAUUCGAAAGAGAUCUUUAAUUUUUGGGAAGUCCUGAAGGUGAUUGCAUAAUCUGAAUUCUAAAAAGAGAAUUACAGAACUAAAAAUGCUUAUCAUAAUUGGAAUAAGAUUGAUGUAAAUAUGUUUUAUGUUUUGCAAUGAUUCUUUGUUAACUAAAUUUAAAGCGUUUUAGUGCAUCAUUUUUUGUAUGAUCAUUUAUUGAAUUGUUUCUCUUUUUUUAUUUUAUAAUAGGAAUUUUUAUAUUAUAUGUUUUCAUUCCUAGAAUUUUAUGACUUUUUAUUUUCUCAUUUCUUUAAAAUGUUCCUUUUUUACUUUUGAUUCUUUAGUUUCCUUUUUAGCUUAAAUGUUUUGGUUGCACUUUUUAUUCAACUACAAGAUAUCAAAAGCGAUUUUGUGUAUUUGUUUUCCAAAGAAAAAAAAAUUGAAACUUAAAAUCUUUCAUAAAACUUUUACUUGAAAUAUCAUUUUAAAUUAUCUUUUAGUUUAAUUCAUAAAAAAUUAUUUUGAAAAAAGAUCAGCCGUUUAAAACAUUAAGAAAUGCAUUGCUAAUAAAAGUAAUAUAAUGCCCUUUUUUCCCCGCAUUACAGUAACAAAAAAAAAAAAAAAAAAAGAUCAUUAGAAGCAGUAAAGAUUAUUUUAAUUGCCUAUAUUUUUCAACUUACUAGUUUUACUAAAAGAUUAAGUAACAAACUAUUAUGAAAUUCUCAUUCUGAAAGGAUAAUUGUCCAACGUGGAGCACUUUUUCAACUGUUCUUCAUAAAUAUUGUAUUUAUGAAGUCUUCACUAAGCAUAAGUUUAACAAUUUUUUAAUUUCAAGUGCAAUUGUACUUUUUUUUACAUUUUCUGUUUUUCAAUUUUGUUCCUGUUAUAAUUUGAACGAAUUGCCUCUGUUACGAACUGUGUUGCAUAUAAAUGGACUUUCUAUUGAAUGGGAGAGUUUGAAGAUUUAUUCAGUAAACUACAUUGUUGCUGACAUUAAAAUCAAGUUGUUGCUGGUUUCAUGAAGACGAGUGAAAAAUAUUUUGUUCAAGCGAACUUUUCAAUUGUAUGAUACCGUUUUGUAAAAUGUUAUAAUUUAUUUGAAGUUUUUGGUACUUCUGUGUUUUUUGCCAAAUGAGGCAAAUUAGUUUUAAGAUUUUUCAUGUUUGUAUUAUUAAUAUUUAAUAUCACUCGACUACAUGUCUUUUCAUGAUCUUUGUGUAACAGGUUAUUUCUGGUAGUUCUAAUAAAGGCACAGCAAAACUUUCAGAAGUCUUGC